UUUUUAAGCUAUGAUCUUUUAUCAUACAAAUAUAAUUAUGGAAAAUUUUUCCACCAGGAAGGAGACCGUGUCUAUGUAUGCGGCAGCUUAACAGGGACAUAUGCAGAGUUUGCUUUGUGUAAUGCCAGCAGUGUUCACCUCAUGCCAGACAGUGUUUCCUUCAGCCAAGGAGCAGCCAUUUAUGUACCUUACUACACAGCAUACAGAGCAUUAUUCCAAAGGCUACAUGCCAAGGCUGGAGAGACGGUGCUAAUACAUGGAGCUAGUGGCGGAGUUGGCUUAGCUGCAGUGCAACUAGCCAAAGCUUAUGGAAUGAAGGUUCUGGGAACGGCAGGAACUGCUGAAGGUGAAGAGGUAGUGAAACAAGCUGGGGCUUCACAAGUGUUUAAUCACAGACAAGAUGGAUACGUUCAGAAUAUUCUGGAUGCAACUGACGCUCGUGGUGCAGAUGUCAUCGUAGAAAUGUUAGCAAAUGCCAGUUUAUCGAAAGAUCUCAAGCUUGUGGCAAACAAGGGGCGCAUAGGGGUUGUCGGUAAUAGAGGAACGAUUGAAAUAAAUCCAAGAGAAACCAUGGCCAAGGAGUCUAACAUCAUUGGUGUUAUGUUAGGCCAAGCUAGUGAGGGUGAGCGCCACGAAAUGACGUAUGCAAUAUCAGCCGGGCUGCAGGCAGGUUUUCUGAGUCCAGUUGUUGGACAUGAAUAUCAGCUGAGCCAAGCUUCAGAUGCACACAGAGAUAUUAUAGAAGGCAAAGGUGCAAAAGGAAAGUUGGUGUUGCUGCCACAGUAGAAUAAUUGUAUGUGUGUUUCUAAUGUAUGAAUACCCUAUGUUUUUAAUGUGGUGCAUUAAAAUGAAAUGACACAAUAAACAACUGAGGAAAAGGCCGUGUUACAUUUUGUGAUUAACAUGUAAUCUGGGCGAUAUAUAAGAACUCUGAUAAUUAGGAUGUGUUGUCGUAAUCAACUUUGUAUGGUUUAUAGAUCUUUGGAUGCAUGGAUAUUCUAAAGUAAUGCAUAUGCUGCUAUAGAAACGUCCAUAGUUAGUUUUGGAAACAAAUCAAACUUAACAUGGUUUUAUUUAACACUUGAAAGUAGUGUGGUUUUGUUCCUAAUUGUAUUUUUUUUCCUUUCUAACGUUUUGGAAACGUACUAAAACUACGUAACAACUUAUGCAAUGAUAAUGUUUCUUGUAAUGGGUACAUCAAAACGUAUUUAUUUGAAUAAAGUUUUAAACACGGUCACCCUAAACUAAUUUUUCCGUCAAAUUAUUUGGUUAAGUGAUUUUUUUUAUCCUCACGAAUAGAUUGUGAAGGUUUUCUCUAAAUGUUUCAUUUACAUGAAUAAUUUUCUCGUCAUCAAAUACACCAUGAUACGCAGUGCAGUUAAGAUUUAUGUGAGAUGUUGCAUCCCGUCCUUUUUGAAUCACACACAAAAUGAACUGUAGUAAUGGUAACUUUAUUAGACACUGAAUUUUAAAUCAGUUUUAGGUAACCAAUUAUGUUACAACUAAGGUGAAAGAUGUAAAAGUUAUAUAAAUAAAUAAAUUACGCAAAGGAGA